AUGGGGUUCUUGCUGAACAAUUCCCAGAACGAUCGGACAACCUACGAUUUAGAAGGGAGAACAACGCCUGGAAACGUCGAAAACCCAUAUACUUGGAGCCAGCGAAAAAAGGUUUUUGUCGUUUUUGUUGGUCUCCUUACGCUGUUCAAUAGCGUCUUUGACUCGACAAUCCCAAGCGGCGGAAUCGACUUCAUCGCCUCGAGUCUGAAUGUCCGAAACGAGACACAACAUGUUUUGCCAACAUCAGUUUUCUUAAUCGGAUACGUAUUCGGGCCUCUGGCCUUUGGUCCGAUGAGCGAAGUUUAUGGUCGACGAUUGGUGAUGGUCGGAACAUUCAUCUUAUUCACCAUCUUCACUCUCGCCUGCGCUGUCGCCCCGAACUGGCCGGCAUUGAUUAUCUUUCGAGCGCUUUGUGGAAUCUGCGCAUCUAGUUCCAUUGCCGUGACGGGAGGUUUGUUUGCAGAUGUGUAUGACUCGCCUCGGUCUCGUGGUCGGACCAUGGCACUUUCGAUGGCUAUAACAACAGCGGGUCCACAAUUCGCUCCGAUGAUAUCUGGGUUCAUAGCGUCGCUGGGGUGGAGAUGGAUCUUUUGGGUCGCUCUGAUACUCGCGGGUGUAACACUGAUUCCCACCCUUUUUCUUCCGGAGACAUGUCGAGCGGUUCUUAAGCAUGAGGACGCGAGGCCCGUCGAAAGGAAUUUGACGCAGGCGUUGACUAGACCUCUGUAUAUGAUUUUCUGCGAGCCGAUCAUUUCUUUCACCUGUCUCUAUCUAUCAUAUGCUAGUGCGAUAUUCUUCAUGUAUUUCGAAGCAUACCCGCUCAUCUUCAAAGGAAUAUACAGCAUGAGCAGCGGCGUAGCAGGCCUAGCCUUUCUCCCAAUCGCCCUCGGAGCCAUUCUCGGAAUGGCCAUCUUCCUCUACUACGACUCCCUCCUCCACAUCGCAAAAUCCCAGAAUGCCCCCUGGUCCCAGAUCCAAGAAUACCAACGCCUCCCCCUCGCCUGCCUCGGCGGACCGCUCUACGUCCUCGCCCUCUUCUGGCUCGGCUGGACAUCAUCGCCCCAUAUCCACUGGAUCGUACCCAUGCUCGCUGGGAUUCCGUUCGGAGCGGGCUUCUUCCUGAUCUUCGUCGCAUUGAUAAAUUACCUCAUCGACGCGUACCAUGAGUUUGCGGCGAGUGCGAUGGCUGCUGCGAGUUGUUGUCGGAGUAUCUUCGGAGCUGUGUUGCCGUUGGCUGCUGUGCCGAUGUUUAAGAGAUUGGGUAUUCCGUGGGGGUGUAGUUUGCUGGGCAUUUUGAGUUUGGGGAUGUGCUUGAUUCCGUUUGGGUUUUUGAGGUUUGGGGGGUGGAUGAGGGCGAGGAGUCGGUUUUCGGGUGGGAGGGAUUGA